AUGGGUUGCGUCAAUAGCAGAGCAGACAACGAUCUGCAUCCUAACAUUUUUCAAGUGAUGAAUGUAGACGAUGAUGGUAAUUUCGUUUCCCCUGGACGUUUGGAAGUAACAGAGGUAGACAUUAUAUUGUAUCAACGUGGCAAACAGCAUAAAUGGCCGUUGCGUUGUUUGCGACGGUAUGGAUAUGAUUUAGAAGGACUUUUUAGUUUUGAGUCAGGCAGACGCUGCUCCACAGGUCCUGGUAUAUAUGCCUUUAAAUGUCGGAGAGCUCAAGAAUUGUUUAAUCUUGUACAGACAAAAAUUCAGGUACGCAAUAACAGUGGAGAUGAUACAGAGUCCAGAGACCUUCCAAUUCCGUCGCAUUCUGCGUCAGUAGCAAGUGUUGCAGUACAAAAUGUGGAGCCUAAUUAUUUGGAUCCAAUAUCAUUUAGAAAUCACAAUCAUAUAAAUUCUAGAUUUCUGAAUAGCCAACAGAAUGGUAUUAGAAGAUUAAACAGUGUUGGAAGCAGUAGUGGCCCAAUAUCGCCCCAAGGAACAUUGGGCUCGUCAUCACCACCUUCUAUGCUGCCACCACCACCACCAAUUUCUCAACCUCAUCCGUCCUCUCUUUAUGUCAAUGAGGAAGUCUUAUCGUCUCUUCCCAUUGAAAUGGAGCGCAACAAUAAUAAAAGCCUUGCAAGAACAGUACAAAGAUCACCACAAAACGUUUCUAUGAUCAAUAAUGCAAUAUCCGUCAAUGGACCUGUGGAAACGGAAUUAAUACCCAUUCCGUGUAACACAGAAAUAUCCAGUUAUGAUGCAACGUCACUAUUACCGAUUAUGACACCUUAUAUGAACAUAGACAUCUGUGGCGAAUCCAAUCCAAUUUCGCCAACGCACAGUACUUGUGAAACAAAUCAGCCUAAAGAAGAAAGUAACGAUAUCGAUGGAUUUGAACACUCAUAUAUGAAUAUAGGUCCCGAACAAGAUCUCACAGAGAACAUUGCUAUUAGAGUGCGGCCGCUACCAUUGCCCGUCUUACAAUCGGACGUGGAAGAAAGCUCCAGGCAUUGCUAUGCUAAUUUAGAGGCGAGCGAAAUCGAGAGUCUUAGGAAGAGAUUCUCUGGCACUUCAGUAGCUGAGAGAUCGCCCUUGGCACCUUCUACACCAACAGGAUGUCCAAUCAGGGAAGUAAAUUAUGCAGUUUUAGAUCUGGAUAAAAAAGACACACCUACUGGCACAUCCGACAUUGUGAUAAAUAUUGCUCCUUCUCCUCCUGAAUCUCCAAACAAGCCACAAAAAGGCUAUGCCACGAUAGACUUCAACAAAACAGCUGCUCUCUCGCAUUCUGUUAAUCCCAAUCUCGUAAAUGACAAUGAAGGCUGCAGAAAAACCCGUCAUAAUUCUACGAUAAACGACCUAGCAAUUCCAUGCAGACAUAAUUCAGUAACUGAAUAA